AUGGCCUCGACUGCCCCUGCCAUGUUUUCUUUUUCUCACACAGAACCAUCGGCGGACCAUAUGAAUGGUUCGUCAUGGGGUGCAAACACAGAAGGGCCACAGACCUUACAUGAUUACCCGGACAAUGGAUCAUCGCACUCAGGAGAUGCCGAGGAAUUUCUUUUCACAUCUGGUCAUAACUCACCUAGGGGACCAAGACUUGAUCAGGCCCAACCUGCUGAUGUGGCAUGGACCGCCGCUCCCAAGGCAGUCAUGUCCAUCGCCUCCGGAGCCCAGGCUAUGUCUCGAGCUAGCUCGAGCCGCUCCCACGUCUCUGCUGUCUCACAGACACAGAUGUCUAAUAUGAGUGUUAGAGGUAAUGCACAAGUUUUCCGGAGUGGACCUCAAUCUACUGGCUCCAUGGCCGGAAUGGAUUCCUGUCUGUUGCUGGACUCAGAUGCCCACGGUGUUCAAUCCCAAAUGUACCCCUGGCACGACUACUCUCUCGAAAUGAACCUUGGCGCCGAAAACGUUGCUUUCCCUGUCCCCAACAUGAACCCCCUCCAUUUGGUUCCUUCACAGAUGCACCUUGCCAAUGAUGCCAUUCCAGAUACGUCAUCCCCCAGCAACUGGGACUGCUUUUCUAGCUCCAUCUCCAGAACUUCCUCCCCUGCCACUAUUGAUGAAGCAUGGCAAGCUGCUCCUUUUAGCCCUGAAACCUCCCCCGAAACUUGCCCAUCACCUAGGUAUGUUAUCUUCCAAGCUGAGGAUGAACAAUCUUCUUACCGGCUUGGUUCGUCUAGAGACAGAAAAUUCCACAUGAUGACGGAGCACAACGUCUCCCAGUUGGAGGAUACCUCCGCUCUUCCUCAAGCCUACACUGCCCGCCGACAGGGAAGUGAGGGAGAGUCUGCUAGAGAUCAUGCCUUGUACAAGAACGUUUCUCCCCGGGAGGACGGUCUCUUUCACUGCCCCUGGGAAGGCCAGCCAAACUGCAACCACAGGCCCGAGAAGCUUAAGUGCAACUAUGACAAGUUUGUUGACUCUCACUUGAAGCCCUACCGCUGCAAGGCUGAGGCUUGCGAGGGUGCCAGGUUUUCUUCCACUGCCUGCCUUCUUCGUCACGAGCGUGAAGCCCAUGGUCUGCACGGCCACGGCGAUAAGCCUUUCCUUUGCAUGUAUGAAGGUUGUGAGCGAUCCAUUCUUGGCAGCGGAUUCCCGCGUCAGUGGAACCUUCGGGACCACAUGAAGCGAGUUCACAAUGACCACGGUAGCGCUGGUGCCUCCCCUACUGGGGCUGCUCAGCAGGCUACUAAGGGACGAAAGCGCAAGUCAGACGCUGAAGCCCAAGGCUCUCCCAGCCGCAAGGCCUCGAUCAAGUCGAUGCCGGCCCCAGAGCCCAAGCAGCCUCCUGUCAAGCCUCUUAUCGAACAGUGGCUGGAACAGCGCAAGGCAUUGGAGGAGUUUGUUCAGCGCAUGGACAAGCCCGAUCUCCAGAGCCUUCAGCACAUUGCGGAGGCCCAGAAGCGUCUUGAGAUUAUGACCAAGAUGGCUACUGAUGCGACCACCGUCGUCCCCAAGACGGAGAUGCAAUCUGGUCGCCGAUACUUUUAA